CAUUCCCACGAUUGAAGAGUGAAUAAGACCUUUGAAAGAGUCCCUUCUUCUCUCACAGCCCACUCACUCACUUUAGCCUAAAACCAUAAAACAUUUCUCCAGUUUUUGCUACACCUCCAUGAAAAGAACGUGAAGGGUUAAAUAGAAUAUAUUUUUGAUCUCUUGAGAAGAGAAAAAGGAACCAAGUAAAAUAUCUAGAAAGUUGUUGAUUUGGAAAAUAGAUGGAUGUAGGGAGGGUAGUGAAGUUAAUGUUAUCAUUGUUCGUAAUAUUAUUAGCAUCAAUUAAACGGUGUUUAUCAGAUCCAAGCGACGAAGCAUGUUUAACACAUCUAAGCAAAUCAUUAGAAGACCCAAACAAAUCACUACAUAACUGGAUAGAAGAAAACUUCGCUAAACCCUGUAACGAUUCAACCUCAAAUCUCCAAGGAGCAAUAUGCAACAAUGGGCGAAUCUACAAACUCUCACUCAACAAUCUUUCACUCCGAGGAACAAUCUCACCGUUCCUUUCUAACUGUACAAAUCUCCAAACCCUUGAUCUUUCAUCCAAUUUCAUAACAGGACCAAUCCCACCGGACCUACAAUCACUCGUUAAUCUCGCGGUUUUGAAUCUUUCAUCUAACCGUUUAGAAGGUGAGAUUCCAUCUCAGCUUACAAUGUGUGCUUAUCUUAACAUCAUUGAUCUUCAUGAUAAUUUACUUAUUGGGCCUAUUCCUCAACAAUUGGGCCUAUUAGUCCGUUUAUCCGCUUUCGAUGUUUCUAAUAACAGACUCUCAGGCCCAAUCCCUUCUUCACUCUCUAACCGAAGCGCUAACUUGCCCAGAUUUAACGCAACUUCGUUCCAGGGGAAUAAGGAUCUUUACGGUUACCCGUUACCACCUAUGAGAAGCAAAGGGUUAUCGGUUUUGGCUAUUGUUGGAAUCGGUUUGGGAAGUGGACUCGCGAGUCUUGUUUUGAGUUUUACUGGUGUUUGUAUAUGGUUGAAAGUAACGGAUCGAAAAGUUGCAUUAGAAGAAGGCAAAAUUAGUCAUCUUAUGCCUGAUUAUUGACGUUUAAUCACAAUAUUCAAUUUGUCUAAAUCCAAGGUAUCUUAUCUUUGAUUCUUCA